AAUUGACCGGAGAAUCCCGAUACAUCCUUUCCUCCCACCACAACCACGGUCCUUUCGCGAAACCUUUUUUGUUAUAUUCUAUCCCGCCUUGUCCAGAUGGUUCAGUCUUGUGCGAUUUGUUUGUCUCAAUGCAACAGCCCCGUUUCUACGCCCUGUGGACAUAUAUUCUGCCAAAUAUGCAUCUCCGAGCAUAUUCUCCAGUCCAACGGAUUCCAAUCGUUCUGCCCUACCUGUAGAGAAAAUUUCCCCAUAGGCGCUCCCGAGCUUCAGCAUCCGCCCCGUUCAUUCCACCAAUUUGUCCUUCCCAGCAUACGUCGCGUCUUUCUUGACACGUCUCCGGAUCCAGAGGUCGAAGUUCUUAAGCGACGGCUGAAGAUGGCCGAGGAUCGUCUCGAACAACAGUCUAGAUCCCAUGCACUGACUAUCUCACGACUUACUCGCCAACUGGAGUUUGAGGCCAUGAAGAAGCGCCACGAGAAAGAACGAGCUGCGCUGCUUGAAAAGAUAUACGGCAAAGAGAAGUAUGAAAGUCUUAGAGAUGAUUUCUAUUGCAAACCGUCUUCGUCUUCGCUUUCCUCUGUUACGAAUGGUGUCAAACGUCAACGCUCUGAUAGCUCUGGCGAUCUCGAAGAAGAUAGAAAACCUUCCCCGUCCUCCUUUUCGCUCCCUGUGCUGACGCGAAGCGUGGCCUCCACGAGUAAACCUCGAAUCUCGGUGACGAUGUAUCCCCCGCAUCACUCAGCCAAACCUCUGACUCUUGAACACCUGGAUAAACUUAUUCGGGAGGCUCGCCAAGCCCUCAAAAGCCUUUCCCAACCUUCGACGCACUUCUAUCGGAUCGAAUGUAAUAACGAAGAGCCUGUCGAAUUACGGUUUGGUCCCUGGACGAACUUGCGUCGGUUCGAAUCAUUUUUACAUGCUCUUUUCUUGACUUGGUGUUGGAUUGUUUCGCUCUUUCUUGUUACUUUCUUUUGUUGGACUGUGGAUUUGUACAAUGAAAUGUAAUGUAUGACAAUGGAAAUCAUACGGCAACGAGUAAUGGCAUCUAUCUGGAGAUGGG